AUUGCUCAUUGAACAAGACGAGCUCGUGGCGUGCGUUUCGCAGUGAGCGGCAAAAUAUAUAUCACAGAUAUAUGUAUAUAAAUGUUUAAGUGAUCGGUAGUGAAACGAAAUCGCCGUGGACAAUUAUCACUUGACGUAGAAAUUACAGUGCAAUAAAUCGUACUUUGUCCCUUAUUUUUUGUUUGUUAGUUAAUUAUUUUUUUUUUUUUUUUGCAUUAUCUGUUGCCGUUUUGAAAGAUGAAAGACGGCAACAGCAGUCAUGGUAAUCGUGAGUGAGACAAAGGAAAGUGGCAGGCAGUCGCGUUCAGUUUGAAGCCGCCACACCACAGAAAAAAAAUAAAAAUAAAAAUAAAUAAUCCGUACUAACGUCGGAGCAACUGCAGCUACUGGAAAACCAAAGCAGCGGCCACAACUAUAACAACCAAAAAAACCAGAGUUCUGUUCAUAUUUCUGUCAAAAUAUGGGCCAAGAGAUAUCGCAACAGCAAAAUCAGCAACACCAACAACACCAGCAGCACCAACAACAACAACUACCCCACCACAAACGACAACCACAGCGAAAAAGCUUCAGCGGCAUUAGCAACACCAACCAGCCAAUCUACACGCCCACAAGUCACCUUUCCACCAGCUCCUCCACCACGACCAACGAAUAUAGCCACAAUAACACCAGCAAUAAUAUCAACAAUAAUAACAAUCAGAACUACCGAUUGCGUCACAAGUACAACUUGAGCAAACAAACCUACGAGCGAAGCAAGAUACCAGCAAGUGCAGCGAGUACCAGUCAAUCGGAUACGGAUUCGCAUUACGCCAAACUAAAUCUGCAAAGGAGCAGUUCGCAGAGUUCCGAUAGCGGUAUCUACAACUCGUCCUGCCACUGCAGUUCCAUAUCCUCGAUAUCGGCUGUUAGCAGCAGUGCGAGCAGCAGUCGCAGCAGCAGCAGCUCUAGUCGCGGUUGUCCCAGUUCUCUGGUGUCCAGCAAAUCGAACCGCUCGUUGGACAAGCAGAAGCACUACCUAAGCCAUCACCUGUACAUCAAGUCCUAUCUGGACAUCUUGGAGGAGGACGAGCGGGCACGGGCUCACUUCAAAUCCGCUCGUCCGGGCGGCAUUCGCAACUAUACACCCAAGAUCUUGGCCAGCGGCGAAUCGAGCUUAUCGGGUAAUUCCAGCACCAACACAGCUCUAUCAUCCAGUGCUCCGGCGCAUUGUUACGGACCGGGAAAGCGGACAACAGCCGGAGGAACAGGCGUAUCAGGUGGAUCAGCAGGUGCAUCAGGUACAGGAGCAGGAGCUGGAGCAUCGGGAACGGAUCCGUGGAUUUGA